CGGUAGGUACUUUCGACUGCCUCUUGCUGCAUGCGCGUGCAGCGAGGUGCGCGAGUGCCGGCCUUGAAGUUGCGGCUCGGACUUUUCUUCUUCAGUCCAGCUCUGGCAGUCUGCAGGGCACCGGCAUUGCUUCCGUUGCCCUGCCAAUUGGCACAUGGAAAGGGCAGCCAUUGGGAUUAGGGCGCUCUGAAGUUUGCAAGUACGAGGAGCAUGGUGUUGGAGGUUAAGCGGGGGGCCUGCGCUUGUUUUACCGCUUGCUAGGAGACCUCUAAGAGAUAAUACAGUCUCCCACUAUGGCGAACUGGCCGCCCCCGUAUAUGCUGCAAGGUGCGCCCUCCAUUUCCUCUGCUGUUGGGGCGCAAUCUGCAGCGUCCGUCCUGGCUGGCGGGGACCACCAGCCAUCCUCGUCCGUGACCAGCCCCAGUGCGCGCAGCAGCCGCGCGCCCUCCGUAGGCCCUGCCCCUGCCCCUUCACUCUCAUCGCACGCCCCCGCCAACUCGUCCGCCUCCGCAGGCUCCAUAGAGGCGAGCGCAGCCAGCACGAUCAGGCCCCCCUCCGCAAAGAGGAAACGAAAAGAGGCGGCUCCUAAGCCAGAGAAGCGCUUGGCAAGGUAUGUAUCGAGCCCCAACAUGAAGGUCCUGGAGAAGAUGCAGCGCGCCUUUACGCACCGCCUCUACCUCAUCGAGCGUGUCGGGCCUGAUGGCAGCGAGGCGCGAGUUGACUACCGCGUGCUGGGCGCCACUGGGAAUGUGUAUACAGUCACUCUGGCGCGGCAGCCAAGCUGCACCUGCCCCGACGCGGCCAAGGGCAACACGUGCAAGCACUGGCUGUUUGUGGUGCUGCGCGUGCUCAAGCUGCCGCGCGACGACCCGCGCGUCUGGCAGAAGGCGCUCCUCUCCACGGAGCUGGCUGACCUACUGGACAAGGACAAGGCCGCCUGUGACGAGACUGCCGCCGCAGGCGUGGUGGCGAGCGACCUAGUGCGGCGGCGGUAUCACGAGGUGGUGGGCACCAGCGAGGGCGCCAAGGAGCACGCGGAGGAGCUGCUGGGCAGCGUGCAGCGGCCGCUGGAGGGCGACUGCCCCAUCUGCUUUGAGGAGCUGUCCCCCGAGGGCCGCCCCGGGGAGCCCGUCGUGUUCUGCCACACGUGUGGCAACAACAUCCACCGCGACUGCUUUGCGCGCUGGAGCCAGAGCAAACCCAAGGGCCAGGUGACGUGUGUGUACUGCCGCUCCAAGUGGGCAGCGGAGGGCGGCCUUCCUGCGGACGGCGGGGCGCCCGCUGCGGAGGGUGGCUAUGUGAACCUGGCCGCCUUCAGUAACGACCACCAGGACGUGUCUAUGGAGUCGCUGUACCCCGCCACGUACGAGUGGAUUGGUAGGCCGCGCGGGGGGAGGCGAAGUUGGGGGUAUAGGUAGGAUGAAGCUACGGAAUGUGGCUCGUCUUUGUACAUUGGGGGUUUUACUGACUAAACGGGGGACAGUCUAGGGCAUGUGUCACGAGGUAUGAUCUACAAAGUAGGUGCUUGGGAGACCGUGACCCUUCUGCAUGUGGCGAAGUCAUCAUGCUGGUGAGCAAGCUCCGCGAGGUUCGGUUGGAAAAACAGCGUGUUACGCUUUAUGCUCUUUCAGCUUCUAGAUGGAUGUACGGAAGUCCAUCAACAUAGCAGCUCAGUAUGGAUCAAGGCCUUUGUGGCAAACCCAAAGCCGGCAAUGAUUCGUUAACGAGCUAGGACAACUUGCCCUUAUUUUCGAUGACGUUUUCAACCUGCCAUUCUAUGGUGGACAAAGGUCGUCGGGUAAUGGCGAUGGGUUCUAAUUGAACACUCAAGGAAUUGCACUUGAAGCCUUUCAAGGUGGCUGAGCCACUGGUGGUGGCACAAAAACGAUGGCCGCAGCGUAAAGCACUACCGAAAAGCCCCCUGGCUGCCAAACCGGCGGCCCAGGUUGCUCAUACAUGGUGCAGGCCUGCAUGACUCUUGUUGGAAGCGUUAAUCACGCUCUCUCUAGGCUCUAGACGUCUGGAU